AUGGUUGAUGCAGCCAACGGUGUGUCCGCUGAGGCGGAGCGUUUCGCUAUCGGUAUCUCCUUUGGCAACUCGUCCAGUUCAAUUGCCCGCAUCUCGCCUGAGGGCAAGGCUGAGGUUAUUGCGAACGAGGAGGGAGACCGUCAAAUCCCUAGCAUCCUUUCUUACAUCGACGGCGAGGAGUAUCACGGCGCCCAAGCCAAGGCCCAGCUCAUCCGUAACUCCAGCAACACUGUCGCAUACUUCCGGGACUACCUUGGCAAGGACUUCAAGUCUAUCGACCCGACCCCAUGCCACGCUUCCGCCCACCCCCAGCAGAGCGACUCGACUGUGGCUUUCACCAUCCGUGACACUGAGAGCGAGACCCGCAACACUGUCACUGUCUCAGAAAUUGCAACCCGUCACAUUCGCCGUCUGAAGCAGUCUGCCUCCGACUUCCUUGGCAAAGAGGUUAACGCCGCCGUUAUCACCGUCCCCACAGACUUCACCGAUGCUCAGCGUGAGGCCCUUGUCGCUUCGGCCAAGGCUGCCGGUGUUGAGGUCCUCCAGCUCAUUGCCGAGCCCGUCGCGGCUGUCAUGGCCUAUGAUGCCCGCCCGGAGGCUACUGUCACCGACAAGCUGGUUGUCGUGGCCGACCUUGGUGGCACCCGUUCCGAUGUUGCCGUCAUUGCUUGCCGCGGUGGUAUGUAUACUAUCCUGGCCACUGCUCACGACUACGAGCUUGGCGGUGCCUCUCUGGACCAGAUCAUCAUCGACCACUUCGCGAAGGAGUUCAUCAAGAAGCACAAGACUGACCCCCGCGAGGACGCCCGUGGUCUGGCUAAGCUCAAGUUCGAGGGCGAGGGCACUCGCAAGGCCCUCAGCCUGAGCGCCAACGCUCAGCUGAGCAUUGAGUCUCUAGCCGAUGGCAUUGACUUUGGUUCCACCGUGAACCGUACUCGCUUCGAGCUCCUCUCCGGCAAGGUCUUCGCUCAGUUCACUGGUCUGAUUGAGCAGGUUGUCAAGAAGGCUGAGCUUGACGUCCUUGACAUUGAUGAGGUCAUCUUCUCCGGUGGUGCCUCCCACACCCCCAAGAUUGCCCAGCUGGCUGCCAACAUCUUCCCUGAGACGACCACCAUCCUGGCUCCCUCGACCUCGACCUCCGCCAUCAACCCCUCCGAGCUCUCUGCCCGUGGUGCCGCCUUCCAAGCCUCUCUCGUGCAGGAGUUUGACCGUGAGGACAUUGAGCAGUCUAUUCACCCCAUGGUGACUGUUACUCCUCACCUCAGCAAGGCCAUUGGUAUUGAGUUUUCUUCCAACACCGACACUACCUUCCAGCCCCUCCUCGGCGCCGAGACCGCUCUCCCCGCUCGUCGCAUCGCCCAGUACAGUGUUCCCAAGGAAGGUGGUGACGUCCUUGUCCGUGUGUGCGAGGGUGCCCGUAACAUCAAGGUCACCAAGCCUGAGCCCAAGGCCAAGGAGGAGAAGCCUGCUGCCGACGAGGAUGACUCCGACUUUGACUCCGACGAGGACGAAGAGGAGGAGACCCGUGAGAUCGUCUGGAAGACCGAGAAGCCCGUUGCCGAGCUCGCCGUCAAGGGUGUCAAGGCCGGCGGUAAGGUUGAGGUCAUGGUCCACGUCAACCCCGACCUGGGUCUGCAAAUCGCCGUGCGUGAGGUCGGUGGCUCGUCUGCCGUCCGUGGCGCUAUCAACGGCUCUGCGUAA